AUGAUCGGUCCGUCUGGUCCAAGAGGAUUGCCUGGAAUUGACGGCCCACAAGGACCACAAGGAAGAAAAGGCGCACAAGGAGAAGCUGGAAGAGUUGGGACACCUGGAACGACUGGUCCUCCCGGUCCAAUCGGCGAAUCUGGAGAUGAUGGACACAAAGGUGUAUGCCCAACAUAUUGUGCCAUGGAUGGUGGAGUAUUUUUUGUUGAACCGCCCGAAUGGUUUUUUAAAAAUAAACGAAAUCGGUGA